AUGUCUUCUAUAAUUACAGCUUCAAACCGCACAAAUGGAAAUUCGACCACUGUCACCAAUGGCCAUCCGACCGUGGUGCGUAUUCCGGACAUGUUUGGCUCAAUAAUGUCUGCCGAGCCGGUCGUGAACCCGUAUCAUUUCAAGGUCAAAGCCGCUGCUGAUGCCUGGAUUGCCGAAUUCCUGAAGAUGGGGAAACGCGAGGCAGACAAAAAUCGAAAGAGUGACUUUUGUUUCUGUGCUUCUGCCAUGGCACCCCAUGCGGAUGCAGAAGCACUCAGGACCAUGGUUGACUGGUUGAACUGGAUCUUUUACUUUGAUGAUGCCUUUGAUGAGGGCCGCCUCGACCGAGAUCCAAGAGCCGCACAAGAAGAAAUCAAUCAGACACUCGCCGUGCUGGAUGAUGGCAAAAAGUUUCCAGACAGGGACCUGUACCCCUUGCGAUACCUGUUUCACACCAUUUGGGACCGUGUUAAGAAGCGGGUGUCUUCAGACAUGCAAUUGCAAUUCAAAGUGACGCAUCGGCGAUAUUUGGAUGGCCUCUUGCACCAGGUCGAGGCGACGCGUAACAGUAACAGGCACAUCCAAACCGAGGACGACUAUAUAAAGAUGCGUAGACGGACGGUCGGCGGAUAUCCGUGCAUAAGCUUGAUCGCAUACGCCCAUGAUAUCAACCUGCCGCAGAUGGCUUUUGAGCAUCCGUCUGUCCAAGAAUGCAUAGCAGUUAGCUGCGAUCUCGCCUGGAUUCACAACGAUAUUGUCUCCUACAAGAAGGACGUCAAGUCUGGUAUUGAACACAACAUCAUCAGCGUAUUGAACAAGAAUGGCUUGUCAAUCCAGAAAGCGAUGGACAGGGCUGGAGAGCUCCAAAGCGAGUGCUAUCGUCGGUGGUAUGUUGCACUUGCAAACAUGCCUGUGUGGGGCGAACGGGUUGAUCGGGAAGUAUUGAAGUACAUCCAGGCAUGUCAUAGUUUUCCUCUGGGUGAUUUACUCUGGAGCUUUCAGACAGCGCGGUAUCUGGGACCUACCGAGGGAUACCGGUUACAUGAAACCCGGCUCCUGGAUUUGUUGGAUCUGGAGUAG